GAAAAUGUACUGGACUGUACCGCCCACACGUGUAAACAAGACAAUAAUCCCUGUCUGGAAUAACGCCGUGCAACGGAGGUUUCAGUCAAACCAACGAUUGUCACAUUUUAGAGAGUCUUGAGAAUCAUAAAUCUGACAUCUAGUUAAACAUAAACAUAGAUUUAGACUGAGCAAAAAUGGCGUCAACGGAGAUGCACAGUGACAGCGACGACGACAUGGACGAGUUCAUGGACAGAUUCAAGUCAGAGAGAUAUAAAAACGCUUUCAGUGAGAAUAACUGGGAAGAGGAGUUCAAUAAAGUACCCAUGUUUAUGAAAUCCGCACCUGAAGAAAUCGACCCACAAAAGUACCCAGAAUUAGCCUGUCUCCAGUCCAUUAUCCACGACGAAGACCGACCUCCAGAGGAACAGGCCAAGAGCUUAAAGGAUGAAGGGAAUGCCUUUUUUAAAGAGAAGAACUACAAAAAGGCCGUGGUGUCAUACACAGCAGCUUUAAAGAAGAAGUGUGGGGACCAGGAGCUCACCGCUGUUCUCCUCACAAACCGGGCGGCUUCACACUUCUACCUGGGUAAUAUGCGGUCUGCUCUGAAUGAUGCUGCAUCUGCAAAGAAGAUCAAACCAGACCACCUCAAAGCCUUAAUCAGAGGCCUGUAUUACACUCAGUUACAGCCCCCACACACUCACUGUACAGAGAAUAUGUCAAAAUGUCAUACCUAUGGAUAUAUUGUUCAUGCUUCUGCAGGUGCUCAGUGCUGCAUGGAGCUUCGGAACUUUUCUGAGGCGGUCCAGUGGUGUGACGAGGGCCUGAAGGCCAAUCCCACUGACAAAAAGCUGCGUGAGCUGAGAGCUGCUGCAGAUAAACACAAAAGAGCAGCUGAGAGAGAUUCCAGGAGGGCAAAAGCCAAAGAAAAAAAGGUGUAUGGUGAGAAAGAGGCUCUAUUGGGUGCCAUAAAGGAUCGAGGGAUCAAGCUCCUUCAGCCUGGGAGGACUCGUUCAGACAGUGAGGAUGAAGAUGAGAGCUCUUCGGCAGCGAUGGCGCAGCUCAGCCUGGAUGGACUCAGCUCUCAGGAGGUCACUGGGGCUCAGGUGUUCCUGGACCAACAGGGCUCUCUGCACUGGCCCGUCCUCUUCCUCUACCCUGAACACCAGCAGAGCGAUUUCAUCUCAGCCUUCUGUGAGAACCACUGUUUCAUAGACCACUUGGCUGUCAUGUUUGGAGAAGAGCUUCCACCUUGGGACACAGAUAGAAAAUACCAGCCCCAAAAUCUCCAGCUGUACUUUGAAGAUGAGGAAAAGGAGACGCUCUUCCAGGUGCACCCAGACACACCCCUGCUGAAAGCUCUGCAGCACACCAGGUUUUUUGUCAAAGGAGGCACGCCCAGCUUCAUUGUUCUGGUGAAAGGCUCAUCAUUCUUAAAGCAGUUUUUAUCAGGAAAGGAGGUACAAGGACUAUGAAUACGCUCAGUUUUUGGUUUUGGACUCUAAAUGCACAUCGCCUCAACCCUAAAGGACUGACUUCUUAAAUAUUUGGUUUUUGGAUGAAAUAAGAAAUCUGUUUGAGCUCCCUGUAAUGUUUUUUUGUUUCCUGUAAAGACCUUAAGAUCAACUUGUUGGGUGUUUUUAGCUGACAGUAGAUCAGAUUUUCACACUUGUUUGGCAUCAUUUUUCAGCAAGAUAUUAAUUGAUGGGAUUUGAUUCACUUACUACAGGGAUAUUCUCGUCACACUAAGUCAAGCCUUUAUCCUCACUCAGCUUAACACAUCCAUACAAGCAGAUUUGUUGAUCUAAAUAAGUGUUUGAGACCCGCUGUACACACAAAGAAAUUAUGCUAUCAACCCCGAAUUCAAUCCUUUAUGCAUCCAUCUAUCCAUUUAAUAUAUCUGCGUGUUCUAACCCUGCCCUUUAGAAAUAUCUCAUGCUCUGUAUUUGUCCACAAAGACAAAAAUGACUUUUCAGCCAUCAUUAAAUUGAAAAGUGAAGUUUACUUAAGCUACAUUUGAAAAUGUUUACAUUUUCAAACGUAAAAAUUGAUUUGGUUUGUCCUGUGUUUCAAGAUGUUAUUUUUACUUUUAUAGGUUGUAAUUGUGCAUUUAAAACACAGCACUCAACCAUUUGGAGGUGUCUUCUGUAAACCUUCUGGACCCCCGGCACCUUUUUGAAAUCAUGUCCUGUGAACCCACACAAAAGAUUAAAUGUUAGUUAAAAUGUGCAUUUUACUUUCAUUUUCACUACCAAUGAGGAAGAUUCACGUUUUGAGUCAAAGGGAGGAGUAAGACCAGAAUAAAAAUGUUGUUUAACCUGUUUAUUCAUAGCUUUCAUUGGUGCAUGUCCAGCCUGAAUACCAGAGGAAAAGGAAACUUUCAUGCAUUAGAGACACGGC